CUCUCUUCUGAGUUGAUUGGCAGUGCUGCUGCUGCUGGAUCCUUUGCAGAGACCAGAACCCCCCUUUCCAAGCUUGUAUCAUUGUGGACUAGGGACCAGCUAGGUUCCAGAAAUCUUCCUUCCACGAUUCCAGCUCCUGGUUGGGACUACUGAUACACCACACCCUGUGGCUGAGCAUCUCCAGGGUCACCGUGCAUUAACCCCACUCCCACUGUGAUCUGCUUCCUGUGUUGAUCAUGCCUGGGUGGAGCUGCCUGGUGACUGGAGCAGGAGGGUUUUUGGGCCAGAGGAUCGUCCAGUUGUUGGUGCAGGAGAAAGAUCUGAAGGAGGUCAGGGUCCUGGACAAGGUCUUCAGACCAGAAACCAGAGAAGAAUUCUUCAACCUAGGGACAAGCAUCAAGAUGACAGUGUUGGAAGGAGACAUUCUUGACACCCAGUGCCUGAGGAGAGCGUGCCAGGGCAUCUCUGUUGUCAUCCACACUGCUGCCCUCAUUGAUGUCACAGGUGUCAAUCCCAGGCAGACCAUUCUAGAUGUCAAUCUGAAAGGUACCCAGAACCUAUUGGAGGCCUGUGUCCAAGCUAGUGUGCCAGCCUUCAUCUACUGCAGCACAGUUGACGUUGCAGGGCCCAACUCCUACAAGAAGAUCAUCCUGAAUGGCCAUGAGGAACAGAAUCAUGAAAGCACAUGGUCUGAUCCAUACCCAUACAGCAAAAAGAUGGCCGAGAAAGCAGUGCUGGCAGCCAAUGGGAGCAUCCUGAAAAAUGGUGGCACACUGCAUACUUGUGCCUUAAGGCCCAUGUACAUUUAUGGAGAUAGAAGUCCAUUCCUUUUUAAUGAAAUAAUCAGAGCUCUCAAAAAUAAGGGUAUUCUGAAUGCUACUGGCAAAUUCUCCAUAGCCAAUCCAGUGUAUGUGGAAAAUGUGGCCUGGGCACACAUUCUGGCUGCCAGGGGCCUUCAAGACCCCGAGAAGUCACAAAACAUUCAAGGACAGUUCUACUACAUCUCAGAUGACACCCCUCACCAAAGCUAUGAUGAUUUAAAUUAUACCCUGAGCAAGGAAUGGGGCCUCUGCCUUGAUUCCAGUUGGAGCCUUCCUCUGCCCCUGCUCUACUGGCUUGCCUUCCUGCUGGAAACUGUGAGCUUCCUGCUGCGUCCAUUUUACAACUAUAGGCCACCCUUUAACUGCCACUUGGUCACACUGUCAAAUAGCAAGUUCACUUUCUCCUACAAGAAAGCUCAGAGAGAUCUGGGCUAUGAGCCACUUGUCAGCUGGGAGGAAGCCAAGCAGAAAACCUCGGAGUGGAUCGGGACACUAGUGGAGCAGCACAGGGAGACACUGGACGCAAAGUCUCAGUAAUGGGAAGAGGCCAAGGACAUGGUCCUGGGUGUUUGCCAGAUCCUCCAGCAAGGACAGACAUAUAAGCCAGGUCUUGCUGCCUUCUUUCGACACAGAAUCCAGUUUAGUGCCUUCAAGUCAUCAGAAGAAGCCUUGCCAGUCACUGACCCAGCCAUGAGCCGUCUUUCUGAAAUACCUGCCCAGAAAUACACAGCUUCCUAAGCACCUUUUGUACCUCAGAGCUCCCUCCAUUAUUUUCUCUCCCCAUCCAAAGCAUGUCUAACCUUCAGAAAAGUCUGCUUGCUUUGUGAAGCCCAAUAGAAGGAACAAUAAAUAUUUGUCAACACUUCA